UCAGUUAAAUUUUAGGCGUUGUUGAAGUAGCGUCUUUUUUUUAAUUUCUUAAUUAAAUUUUAAUUGUUUCGUAUUUUGUCUUAAUUCUUUUAUCUAAUUGUUACCUUUCACAUGGCUAAAUUAAUCACUUUGGAUGGUGUUCAAUUCGCCGGAGAACCUUUUGGUUACAUACAAGAAGUAACCGGUGAACUUGUUUUCCAAACUGGUAUGGUUGGUUAUGUGGAAGCUUUAACUGACCCUUCGUAUUUUGAUCAAAUUUUAGUUCUUACCUAUCCUCUUAUUGGUAAUCAUGGUGUUCCUGAUUAUCAACAAUUAGACGAAUUUGGUAUUGCAAAAUUUUUUGAAUCAACCAAAAUUUGGGUAAAAGCUUUGGUUGUUGAUGAAUUGUGCCUUAAUUAUAGCCACUGGAAUGGUAAAUAUUCACUUGAUGAAUGGCUCAAGGUAAAUAAAGUGUUGGGAAUCAAAGGUAUUGACACCCGAGCUUUAACCAAAUAUAUAAGAGAUAAAAAAACUCAAAUUGCUCAGAUUAAGUUAACCUCUUCAAGUUUAACCACAAUACCUCAAAAUCCACUAUACAUUGGUAAUUAUGUUGCUGCUGUUUCAACCCGUACAAUUAAAGUUUACAAUCAACAAGGUAGUCCAAAUAUUUGUAUGGUUGAUUGUGGUGCUAAAUUUAAUCAGAUUCGUUGCUUUUUAAAUCGUGGAGCAAAAGUUACUCUUGUUCCUUGGGAUUAUGAUUUUAUUGAGAAUCUUAAUCUGUUUGAUGGUAUCUUCCUCUCUAAUGGUCCUGGUAAUCCUGAAGAUUGUGACAUGAUAAUUAAACGAGUUCGUCAUCUUUUAAACAAUACCACAGAUCGAUCAACAAUCAAACCCAUUUUUGGUAUAUGUUUAGGUCAUCAAAUUUUAUCUCUUGCUGCUGGAGCUUCAACUUAUAAGAUGAAUUUUGGAAAUCGUGGUCAUAAUCAACCUUGUCUAUUCAAAGACACCAAACGUUGUUUUGUCACCUCACAAAAUCAUGGUUACGCAGUGGACAUUGCAAGUCUACCCUCUGAGUGGUCAUCUUUAUUUACCAAUGCAAACGAUGACUCCAAUGAAGGCAUUUAUCAUACCGACAAACCUUUUUUUAGCGUUCAAUUUCACCCCGAACAUAAAGCUGGACCCGAUGACUUGGAAUCAUUAUUUGAUGUCUAUUUAGAUUUAAUUAGAAAACAUUCAGAGGGAAUUAAGGUUAUCGAUUUAAUAACUGAACAUUUAAAUAUUCCAAAACCAAAAGAAACACCUAAAUAUAAGAAAGUAUUAAUCCUUGGAUCAGGAGGUUUAUCAAUUGGUCAAGCGGGUGAAUUUGAUUAUUCGGGUAGUCAAGCGAUCAAAGCAAUGAAAGAAGAAGGAGUUUCAACCGUUCUGAUUAAUCCAAAUAUCGCCACUGUUCAAACGAAUCCUGGACUCGCUGAUAAGGUUUACUUUUUACCGAUAACCCAAGAAUAUGUUACCGAAGUGAUUAAACUUGAACGUCCGGAUGGUGUUUUAUUAAUGUUCGGUGGUCAAACUGCUUUAAAUUGUGGAAUUGAACUGGACAAGGCUGGUGUUUUUAAACAAUAUUCCAUAACCGUGAUGGGAACCCCCAUAGAGUCAAUAAUUAACUCAGAAGAUCGGAAAUUAUUUGCUGAACAGGUUGACUCCAUUGGUGGUAGGGUUGCCCCCUCGGGUGCUGCUUAUUCAGUUGAAGAAGCGAUUGCAACAGCUAAACGAUUAGGUUAUCCAAUUUUAAUUCGAGCUGCUUAUGCACUUGGUGGCCUUGGAUCAGGAUUUGCUCAUGAUGAAUGUGAAUUACGAAAAAUUGUUUCCAAAGCAUUAGUUCACUCGAAUCAAGUUUUACUCGAUAAAAGUUUAAAAGGAUGGAAAGAGAUUGAAUAUGAAAUAAUUCGUGAUUCAUAUGAUAAUUGUAUUGCAAUUUGUAAUAUGGAAAAUCUUGACCCGCUUGGUAUUCAUACUGGUGAAUCAAUUGUUGUCGCACCAAGUCAAACCCUUUCUGACUCAGAAUAUUAUCUUUUAAGAGCAAUGUCAAUCAAAAUUGUCCGACAUCUUGGAGUAAUAGGUGAAUGUAAUGUACAAUUUGCUCUUAAUCCAGAGAGUGAAGAAUUUUUUAUCAUUGAAGUUAAUCCGAGACUUUCAAGGUCAUCAGCUUUAGCAAGUAAAGCCACCGGUUAUCCAUUAGCCUAUGUUGCAGCAAAAUUAUCUCUUGGGAUCUGUCUCUCUGAUCUGAACAACUCAGUAACCGGAUCGACGACUGCCUGUUUUGAACCAAGUCUAGACUAUUGUGUCGUUAAAAUACCGAGAUGGGAUUUGGGUAAAUUUACUGGAGUCUCUCGUCGUAUUGGCAGUUCCAUGAAAUCGGUCGGUGAAGUGAUGGCCAUUGGUCGCCGAUUUGAGGAAGCCUUUCAAAAGGCUCUACGAAUGGUCCACGAAGGUUGUUCCGGUUUCGAUCCUGGUUCUGAAGAGCCCACACCACAAAAACUUGAAUGUCCAACCGACAGUAGAAUCUGGGUUCUAGCAGCAGCACUUCGAGACAAUUAUUCAAUCGAAAAGUUAAACUCACUGACCGCUAUUGAUAAAUGGUUUCUCUUUAAGAUGAAGGGUCUCAUCGAUCAACAGAAAUUACUUAAAACUUUUUCCUCUUCAACCAUAACUUCAGAGGUUAUUUUACAAUCGAAAAAACUUGGUUUCUCUGAUAAGCAAAUUGCCUCGUGUAUCGGUUCAGUUGAACAUAAUAUUCGAGUCCUUCGAAACUCUAGUAAUCCUCCGAUUCGACCUUUUAUUCGUAAAGUUGAUACAGUUGCCGCUGAAUAUCCAGCGACUACUAAUUAUCUUUAUCUUACUUACAAUGCAUCUGAAGAUGAUGCUGAAAACAUUUAUUCAUCUGAAAUAAAUAAAAACGCCGUUAUCGUCAUUGGAUCGGGUGUUUAUCGUAUUGGAAGUUCAGUUGAAUUUGAUUGUUGUGCAGUUGGUUGUGUUUCUCAACUUCGUAAGAUGAACAAAACUACAAUCAUGAUUAAUUAUAAUCCUGAAACCGUUUCCACUGAUUACGAUAUGUGCGAUCGAUUGUAUUUCGAUGAAAUAUCAUUCGAGGUUGUAAUGGAUAUUUAUGAGAUUGAAAAUCCUUGUGGUAUAAUUUUAAGUAUGGGUGGACAAUUACCUAAUAAUAUUGCGAUGGAUCUUCAUCGGCAAAAUGCUCGAAUACUGGGAACAUCUCCAGAGUCUAUCGAUGGAGCUGAAAAUCGUUUCAAAUUUUCUCGACUUUUAGAUAUUAAGGGAAUCGAUCAGCCCAAAUGGAGAGAAUUAACCGACAUUGAGGGUGCGAAAAAUUUUUGCGCUGAAACAUCAUACCCUUGUAUCGUUCGUCCAUCUUAUGUUCUAAGUGGAGCAGGAAUGAUCGUCGCUUUCAAUGAUAACGAACUGUCCAAUUAUUUGGCUAAAGAAGCGACUGUGAAUCGAGACCAUCCAGUUGUAAUCUCGAAAUACAUUGUUGGUGCUAAAGAAAUUGACGUUGAUGCGGUUGCUCGUGAUGGCGAAUUGGUCAAAAUGGCCGUUUCGGAGCAUGUUGAAAAUGCUGGUGUCCAUUCAGGUGAUGCAACACUUAUCACUCCUCCAAAUGAUCUGAAUGAGGAGACACUUGCUAGAAUUAAGGAGAUCUGUGCAGCCAUCGGUCAAGCUCUUGCUGUCAAUGGUCCAUAUAAUAUGCAGUUAAUUGCGAAAAACAAUCAACUUUACGUGAUCGAAUGUAACCUUCGAGUAUCGCGAUCUUUUCCAUUUGUCUCUAAAACUCUUGAUUUUGACUUUGUUGCUUUGGCUACUCAGGUAAUCAUGGGAGCCUAUGAACCAGUUAAUGCCGAUUUUAUUUUCAGUCCAAUUGUUACUAAUACAAGAGUCGGUGUUAAGGUUCCUCAAUUUUCAUUUUCUCGAUUGGCUGGAGCUGAUGUUGCUCUCGGUGUUGAAAUGGCCUCAACGGGAGAAGUUGCUUGUUUUGGUGAAGAUAAAUACGAAGCUUAUCUCAAAGCUCUCAUGAGUACCGGUUUUCGUAUUCCAAAGCGUAAGGUCGCUUUUCUAUCGAUUGGUGGCUACGAAAGGAAAGACGAACUUUUGGGAAGUGUUCGACUUCUUAAAGCGAUGAGAUAUAAACUUUACGGAAGUCAAGGAACAGCUGAUUAUUAUACUCACAAAGGCAUUAGCAUGGAAGUGAUUGAGUGGCCAUUUGAAGAGAUUGGAAAUGAAAAUCCAACAAUUAACAUAGUUGAUGCUAUUGUAACAUCUUUAGCGGAGAAAGAGUUUGAUCUAAUUAUAAACGUUCCCAUGAGAAGUCGAGGAGCUCGUCGAGUGUCAACUCUUGGUUAUCGUGCCAGAAGAUUUGCCAUUGAUCAUUCGGUUCCCCUAAUUUCCGAUGUUAAAUGUGCUCGAUUAUUGAUCGAUGCUCUUAAUUUCAUUGAAGGUUCACCCAAGGUUAAAACUCACAUUGAUUGUUUAACAGCAAGAAAAAUUAUUCGACUUCCAGGUUUAAUUGAUGUUCAUGUUCACCUUCGUGAACCAGGAGGAGAGGAGAAAGAAGAUUUCAUUAGCGGAACCUCGGCCGCUCUAGCCGGAGGUAUAACAAUGGUCUGUGCAAUGCCAAACACGAAUCCGGCCUUAGUUGAUUCUGAAACUUUGGCCAAAGUCCGUUCAUUGGCCAAAGCAAAAGCUAAAUGUGAUUAUGCCUUUUUCAUUGGAGCCACACCUUUGAAUGCUGAAUUGAUACCUGGUUUAGUUAAAUCACCAAGUCCCGUUAUUGGAUUAAAAAUGUAUCUAAACAACACCUACGGAACUUUGACCAUGUCAAAUUUUUCUGAUUGGAUUAAACACUUUGAACAUUGGCCAAAAGAUUUACCAAUUGUUGCUCAUGCCGAGGGCCGUGAUACCGCUGCAAUUAUCAUGGUUGCAAGUAAAUAUCAACGAUCAGUUCACAUUUGUCAUGUUGCCCGAGCGGAAGAGAUUUUCAUCAUUAAAGCAGCUAAAGAAGAGGGUAAAAAGGUCACCUGUGAGGUGUGUCCUCAUCAUCUUUUCUUGUGUGAAGACGAUGUCCUUACGAUUGGUGAAUCUAAGAGUUCAGUGAAACCUCCACUAGUUAAAAAAUCUGAUCAACAAGCUUUAUGGGCUAAUUUAGAUGUGGUUGAUUGUUUUGCAACUGAUCAUGCACCUCACCUUUUAGCUGAAAAAGAUAAACAAUUCUGUCCUGGUUUUCCGGGUUUAGAGACAAUUCUUCCCCUUUUAUUGACCGCUGUCCAUGAGAAACGAUUAACACUCAAAGACAUUUUAACCAAACUUUACAUUAAUCCAAGACGUAUUUUUAAUCUACCGGAUCAAGACGAUACUUACAUUGAAGUUGAUUUAGAUGAAUCUUGGACUAUACCUGAAUCAUUGCCUUACACAAAAGCUGAUUGGACUCCGUUUGCUGGACGGCAGGUUAAAGGUCGAGUCCGUCGAGUUGUACUUCAUGGUGAAGUUGCUUUCAUUGAUGGUCAAGUUUUGGUUCCACCAGGUUUUGGUACUGAAGUUUGUCCAUUAACAGAAAAUGACCGAUCAAAGGAAUUACCUCGGCUAAUCGCUUCCGAGAUUUAUUCUGAUAUGAUGGGUGAACUAAAAUUAACUGACCUUGGAGAAAUGACCAGUAAACCAGAUGUUAUUUUGACCGGUGGUGAUAAAUUGUCACUUCCCACUCCACCGAUCACCAUGAUUACUCCAAACAAAGAAUCAGUCGCUAUUUCUAAACGUCAUCCCAAGUACAUUCCAGUGACCUACGAAGACGAUACCCUACGUAAUAAAGAUAUUCUUUCGGUUGACAUGUUUUCCGCUCGAACACUUCAUGUUCUUUUCAAUUGUGCCCAAGAAGUUAAGAAACUAGUCGAAAAGAGAGUCUCCAUUUGUGAUAUUCUUCGAGGCUUCACUCUUGGUCUUUAUUUCCACGAACCCUCCAGCCGAACCUUUCACUCAUUCAACACUGCCAUGAUACGUUUGGGAGGUUCCGUUGGUAAAUUUGACCCUGAAGAUUCAUCUCAACGUAAAGGGGAAACUUUCGAGGAUACAAUUAAAACGAUGUCUUCCUAUUAUGAUGUUUUGGUUAUCCGUCAUCCCGAAAUUGGUGCCGCUAGAAAAGCCGCCGAUGUCUCUCCUAUUCCAGUUGUUAACGGCGGUGAUGGAACCGGUGAACAUCCGACUCAAGCCUUACUUGAUGUUUUCACUAUUCGUGAAGAAAUUGGAACAGUUAAUGGACUAAUUAUAUCUCUUGUCGGUGAUCUUCUCAACGGUCGAACUGUUCACUCAUUAGCUAAACUAUUGUCUCAUUACAAUGUUCGAUUGCGUUUAGUUUCUCCUCGAAAUCUGCAACUUCCUGAUUCGGUUAAAUCUUAUCUGGUAGAGAAACAAAUUCCCUUUGAAGAGAUAACAUCACUCGAAGAGGCUUUGCCCGAUUCCGAUGUUAUUUACAUGACACGAAUUCAAAAGGAAAGGUUCAAAAAUGAAAACGAUUACAACAAUUGUCGAGGUUCUUAUAUAAUUACACCCGAACUAAUGUCCAAGGCCAAGAAAAAGAUGAUUGUUAUGCAUCCGCUACCUCGAAACGACGAGAUCAAUUCAACCUUUGACAAAGAUCCUCGAGCUGCUUAUUUCCGACAGAUGAGGAACGGAAUGUUUGUCCGAAUGGCCUUACUUGCAAUGAUUUUUGGCCGAACAAUUUCAUCUACUUAAUUAUCCUUGACAAUCAACGAGAAGAAAUCAACUUUUUUUAUAUUAAUGACUUUAAUUGCAACACUUUUUGUUUUCUAACUUAAAGAUUUUAAAACUUUUUUUACAUGAAGAAAAAAAAAUCAAUCUCUCAACAAAUGAUUUUAAUUGCGUUCUAAUUGCAAUCAUUUUGAUUUUACUAAAUGGAUUUUAUUAAUGAACAAUUUCUUAAUUACUGACACACAACUGAACCAUUUAAACAUAAAGAAAAACAUUCCAACUAAUUAAUUGUUGUUUGUCUUCUUCUAUUACAAUAAAGAUCAUUUGUUUUCUUUUGAGAAAAA